ACUGCUCAACCUCCGUGCACAGCAGCCCCACACACACUUGCGUACCGAAAUCACGAAUCGACUCAACGUUGACAGCGUACAGCAAAUUUCAAUAGUCAUCUUGGAAACAGCAGCGGACCGAAGCUUCGAACUAGCAGCAGGACUCACAAAGCCGUUGUUAACCGAAUUGUCCGCAUCAUUCUAGGCGCACCAGCAGCAGCAGCACCCGCACACCAUCAACCCGUGGUACUCGCGUAAGCAAGCAACUGAUACACAGCCACAAAGCUACAGAACGCAAUGGCCGGAAAUUUGGAGGAUCGCGAAAUCUGGGAAGAUUCGGAGGAAACGCUCGGCGAGGAGGUGCUCCGGAUGCCGACCGAUGAGCUGGUCAGCCGUACCCGGCUGAUGGACAACGAGAUCAAAAUAAUGAAGAGCGAGGUGGUCCGCAUCAAUCACGAGCUGCAAACGCAGAACGAGAAAAUUAAGGACAACACGGAAAAGAUUAAGGUGAACAAAACGCUACCCUACCUGGUGUCGAACGUGAUCGAGCUGCUGGAUGUGGAUCCGCAGGAGGAGGAAGAUGACGGUGCGGUGGUGGUGCUCGACUCCCAGCGGAAGGGCAAGUGUGCGGUGAUCAAAACGUCCACCCGCCAGACGUACUUCCUGCCCGUGAUCGGGCUGGUCGAUUCGGACAAGCUGAAGCCGGGCGAUCUGGUCGGCGUGAACAAGGACUCGUACCUCAUACUGGAAACGCUCCCAGCGGAGUACGAUGCGCGCGUGAAGGCGAUGGAGGUGGACGAACGGCCCACGGAACAGUACUCGGACAUUGGCGGGCUGGACAAGCAGAUACAGGAGCUGAUCGAGGCGGUCGUGCUGCCCAUGACGCACAAGGACAAGUUCAAGAAUCUUGGCAUCCAUCCGCCGAAGGGUGUGCUGCUGUACGGGCCGCCCGGCACGGGUAAAACGCUGCUGGCCCGCGCCUGUGCCGCCCAGACCAAAUCCACCUUUCUCAAGCUGGCCGGACCGCAGCUGGUACAGAUGUUCAUCGGUGAUGGUGCGAAGCUGGUGCGGGAUGCGUUCGCGCUGGCGAAGGAAAAGUCACCCGCGAUCAUCUUCAUCGACGAGCUGGACGCGAUCGGUACGAAGCGUUUCGAUUCGGAAAAGGCGGGCGAUCGGGAGGUGCAGCGGACGAUGCUCGAGCUGCUAAACCAGCUGGACGGGUUUAGCUCGACCGCCGACAUUAAGGUGAUCGCGGCGACGAACCGCGUGGACAUACUCGAUCCGGCCCUGUUGCGGUCCGGUCGGCUCGACCGCAAGAUUGAGUUCCCGCACCCGAACGAGGAGGCUCGGGCCCGCAUCAUGCAGAUCCAUUCGCGCAAGAUGAACGUCAGCCCGGACGUGAACUUCGAGGAGCUGGCCCGCUCGACGGACGAUUUUAACGGGGCGCAGUGUAAGGCGGUGUGCGUGGAGGCGGGCAUGAUAGCGCUCCGCCGGUCGGCCGUGUCCGUCAUACACGAAGACUUUAUGGACGCGAUCAUGGAGGUGCAGUCGAAGAAGAAGGCCAACCUGAAUUACUUCGCCUGAGCGCGGAUCGUUCAAGUGGGUUGGCGUAGGUUUUACUUUGCUUUCCCUUUUUGGCGUUUUUUUCAAAUAACUUUGCACCAGCAAGGAAGCAUAUGUGUACAGCUGUGUUUCUGAGCUGAUGAUCGGUGAUGAAAGCUCGUUUCAAACUGAAUUGAAAACUAUUAUAAUAUACCAACAGCAUUGUAAUAAACACCAUGUUAACACGCGUGGACGGAAAAUGGA